UCCUUUUCCCUCUGUGAAAUGUUCAAUACAUGUCAUAUGUGGUGCGCAUCCAGGCCAAAUGCCGAGGGCGCAGCCUCACUUGUUCAUAAAAAACGAACAGAAAAUGACAAAAACAAUCCAAAUGAUGGACAUGAACAUGGGGGCGCGGGCUCGCAUAACACCACAAGGGGGCAGUAUGGCUCCACUUAUGGCACAGCGACCCAGCCUGCCUGUUGCAAAGGGCAAUACGAGCGCUGGAACCCACGCAGCUCGUGUUACCCACCGCCGCUCAGGCACUAGGACCGCUGGCGGCUCGAACCCGACAGUGGUGAACCUGUGGGGCAUCGGAAUGGGUAAUGAAGACUGUGACCAGGGGCUACAGGCUUCAAUUCGCGUCCACUCCACCCCAGUUCAACGGGAUAUUGCAGUCACAGGCGCAGGGAGAAAAGGCGCAUAUCUUGCAGAAAGAAAUCACUGCUCUACAGAACAAGGGGGCUGUUCAGGUGGUUCCACGAGAACAGAACCAGAGUGGCUUCUAUUCAAGCUAUUUUCUGAUCCCGAAGAAGGACGGGGGUGUACGUCCGAUAGUGGACCUGCGGGCACUAAACACACACAUGAGGCGGUACAAAUUCAGAAUGCUGACACAUUCAGCACUGAUCCGCUUUGUGCGUCCAGGCGACUGGUUUACAGCCAUAGACCUAAAAGACGCAUAUUUUCACAUCCCUAUUUAUCCUCCUCACAGGAAAUAUCUCAGGGUUGCCUUCCAGGGUAUAACAUACGAAUACCGGGUGCUCCCGUUCGGUCUUUCAUUAAGCCCACGGGUGUUUGUGAAAUGCACCGAGGCAGCUGUAGCGCCCCUGAGGGAGGGGGUUAUGCGUUUAGCGAUGUAUAUAGACGACUGACUCAUAGCGGCACAGUCGCCCCAGCAAGUUCAGGCCCACACCAGUCAGCUCACAUCACAUCUGGCGGCCCUGGGUUUUGCAAUAAACGGGGAAAAGAGUGUUCUGAUUCCAACUCAGAGAAUUGCAUUCAUAGGACUGUCCCUCGAUGCAGUCACGUUCAGGGCGCGUCUGUCAGCGGAAAGGAUAAAGGCUUUCCAAGCUUGUCUGGCACUUUUUCGCAGGGGGGCGUUGCUAAAGUUCAGGUCGUGCCUCAGACUGUUAGGGCUGAUGGCCUCAGUUCUGGUGGUCGUUCCACUGGGUCGUUUACACAUGAGACCAGUGCAGCGCUGGGUAGCGUCGCUCAAACUGAGCCCGACGCACCGUCAUCGCCAGGUCUUAGUCUCCAUGGCCUGCGUCCACGCGCUGCGCCCGUGGAGACGCACGGGUUUUCUGACCAAGGGCGUUGCCAUGGGAACGGUCAUGGCACGAAGGGUUAUUACAACAGAUGCCUCUCUUGUGGGCUGGGGGGCCACGCACGAGGGGAGGACAGUGAGCGGAACAUGGAGUUUACUAAUGCAGUCCGCUCACAUAAACUAUCUGGAACUAUUGGCUGUAUCGCUGGCACUGAAACACUUUCUGCCCCUUCUCAGAGGGCAACAUGUUCUGGUCAGAACGGACAAUACCACCGUGGUGGCAUAUAUCAACAGACAGGGGGGGCUGCGCUCACGUCAUCUUAACACAUUGGCACACAGACUGAUAGUGUGGAGCAGUUCUCAUCUGUUAUCCCUCAGGGCGACACAUGUCCCGGGCACACGGAACUGGGGAGCAGAUUUGCUCUCCAGGGGCAGCCCUCGCUACAAGGAUUGGAAAAUUCGGCCGGGCUCAAGUAGAUCUCUUCGCGUCAGAAGAAAACACACAGUGCCCGAUGUUUUACUCCCUGACCGGCCAGAACGCCCCGAUGGGGGUGAGUGGCCACAGGUUCUACUGUACGCUUUUCCCCCGAUAGAGCUGAUCACGCCUACUCUUGCCAGAGUGCGGGAGAGGGGUCAUGCCUUAAUUCUUAUAGCUCCCCGCUGGCUGGGAAAACACUGGCUAGCGGAGAUAUACCAGCUGUUGUGCGCUCAGCCGUGGCCUCUGCCUCUACGGAGGGAUCUCCUGUCACGGGCGCAUGGAGAGAUUUUUCACCCUCAUCCAGAGCGCAUGGCUCUAUGGGCUUGGCCCGUGAGAGGCGGAAUCUGACCACAGCGGGACUUCCGCAGAGUGUCAUCAAAACCAUUCAGAGCGCCAGGGCCCCUUCUACACGCAUUGAUGGCAAAUGGCGCGCGUUUGAGGAUUGGUGCGCAAAAGCAGGUCUGGAGGCUUUUCAGAGCCCUACAUCUGGCAUUUUGACAUUCCUACAGGAACUGUUGGACAAGGGUCUGGCGUUCUCCAUGGUCAAAGUGUACUUAGCUGCUAUUUCAGCAUGUCACAUAGGCUUUGGGGGCAAAACGGCGGGACAGCAUCCUCUCGUUUGCCAGUUUAUGAAGGGCGCUUGGCGGAUGCGGCCGGUGUCAAGGAGCUUAACCCCACCGUGGGAUUUAACACUGGUGCUCGAAGCGCUAUCUUGCGCACCCUUCGAGCCACUGCAGCAGGUAGAGCUUAAGAUGCUCUCGUUUAAAACGGCUCUCUUACUGGCACUGACAUCGGCAAAGCGCGUAAGCGACAUUCACGCAUUGUCAGUGAAUCCGUCAUGCAUGCGGUUUGUUAUGGGGGAUUUAAAGGUUUUUCUCAAACCAAAUCCCGCGUUUGUGCCUAAGGUUUUUAAGCUGUUUUCAGUCAUGAACUCUGUAAAAUAGUGUCUGGACAUUUUCUGGAGUUUGACCUUCACAUAUGAA